GCCGCUCCCCGGCAGAGGGGCAACAACAUGGCUGUCGUCGGGCCCGCGCGUCUCUGCUGGCUCUCGAUUCGACGGCUUCCGGCUCCACGACGGGAACUGGUGAGAAGCGGGGAUCCCGAUCAGCCCUUGCCGGUGGUGCGCGUCCCGCGGGCUCUCCAGAGGCGUCAGGAGCUCCGGCAGCGCCGACGGCAGAGCUCUCCGCAGCCGGCGCUGGUCCGGCCCGGCCCGUUGCUGCUGUCGGCGCGGCGGCCUGAACUGAACCAGCCGGCUCGCCUCACUCUGAGCCGUUGGGAGAGCGCGCCCCUCGCCUCGCGCGGUUGGAAGAGCCGGCGCGCGCGUCGCGACUACUUCUCCAUCGAGCGCGCGCAGCACGAGGCCCCCGCGCUGAGGAAACUCGCAGCCGCCCGAGACACGUUCGCCGACCUGGGGCUGGAGCCCCGGCUUCUGGCCGCGCUGCAGCAGGCCGCCCCCGACGUUGUCAGGCCCACCACGGUGCAGGCGAGCACCAUCCCCCCGCUGCUCCGGGGGCGCCACGUCCUGUGCGCCGCAGAAACGGGCAGUGGCAAAACGCUCAGCUACUUCCUCCCUUUGCUGCAGCGGCUCUUGGGGCGGCCCAAUCUAGAUGCAGGUAGAGUCCCAGCUCCCCGAGGCCUGGUCCUGGUGCCUUCCCGAGAAUUAGCCCAACAAGUUCGGGCUGUUGGGCAGCCGUUGGGCAGCUCCCUGGGCCUGCAAGUGCGGGAGCUCGGGGGAGGUCACGGCCUGAGCCGGAUCAUGCUGCAGCUGUCUAGAAGGCUUCCCACCGACGUGCUCGUGGCCACUCCCGGAGCGCUGUGGAAGGCCCUGAAGUGGCAGCUGCUGAGCCUGGAUCAGCUCUCUUUUUUGGUGUUGGAUGAGGCAGACACGCUGUUGGAUGAAAGCUUCCUGGAACUGGUCGAAUUCAUUCUGGGAAAGAGCCAUAUAGCAGAAAGCACCGCUGACUUGGAAGACGCUUUCAAUCCCAAAGCCCAGUUAGUGCUGGUGGGUGCAACCUUUCCUGAAGGAGUGAGCCAGCUGCUGAAUAAAGUUGCCAGCCCAGACUCACUGACCACCAUCACCAGCUCCAAGCUCCACUGUAUCAUGCCUCAUGUCAGACAGACGUUCAUGCGACUGAAGGGAGUUGAAAAGGUCACUGAAUUGGUACAGCUGCUCAAGCAGCGUGACAAAGGUCCUUCAGGAUCCGUGCUGGUAUUCUGUAACAGCUCUAGCACCGUCAACUGGCUAGGGUAUAUUCUGGAUGACCACAAAAUCCAGCACCUUCGGCUACAAGGACAGAUGCCAGCUUCCAUGCGGGCAGGGAUCUUCCAGGGCUUCCAAAAGGGUUCCCAGAAUAUUCUGCUCUGCACAGACAUAGCUUCUCGGGGCCUGGACAGCACCCGGGUGGAUCUUGUUGUCAAUUAUGAUUUCCCUCUCACACUGCAAGAUUAUAUCCACAGAGCAGGCCGGGUAGGACGGGUGGGGAGUGAGAUACCAGGCACUGUUGUCAGUUUUGUGACCCACCCUUGGGAUGUCAGUCUGGUUCAGAAGAUUGAGCUGGCAGCUCGCCGGCGAAGGAGCCUGCCAGGACUGUCCUCCUCUGUAAGCGAGCCUUUGCCCCAGCGAACUAUUGUUCAGCCCUCUUCAGUGUAACUCGCAGUGACUUUGUUACUCUUGCUCUGGCAAGGCAACAGUGUACCUGUCAGCAGACUCCCUGGAGGGCUCUGGCUGGGAAAGCCCCACUGCAGGUAGGACAAUGUCUGGUGUCUGCACUAGCGGCCCUUCUAUUCAGCAACCUAACCUCAUAUGGCUUCCACACCUCCAAAUGUACCAUGAUAUCAG